AUGGCUGAGGAGCUGGAGGAAGUGCACAAGAAGUUUAAUCUGUCUGAUAAGGAGGCGGCAGGGAUUCAAAUUGAAGGGGAUGAUGCUUUCCAGGGAGUGGAGGAAUGUCAGCUGAGCAUUAUUGGCAAAGUAAUUGGAGAUAAAGUGGCUAAUGUUACAGGUAUUAAGAGAUUUUCCAGUAAUGUGUGGAUUUUUGCCAAAAAUGUGAAGGUUGUAGAAAUAGGUGUGAAUUUGUUUCAGUUUAUUUUCAUGAAUCAAUAUGAUAUGGAUAGAGUUUUAAAUGGGAGGCCAUGGGUAUAUGAUAAUUUACCUCUGGUAGUGAUUCCUUGGAAGGAGGGGGUUGAAAUGGAUGCCAAGGCUUUUAGUCAAGCAUGGAUUUGGGUGCAGGUUUGGAAUCUCCCAAUCCAUUGGAUAACUAAGGAAGUUGGGCGUAAGAUUGGUGGAGUUUUUCUUUCUGUUAAGGAGGUCAUCAUUCCUAAUAGUGGGGGAAAAGAUGGUAAACAUCUGAAAAUCUUAGUGGAAAUUGAUAUUGAGCAACCUUUGUUAAGGGGAACCACGGUUAGGAUGAAUGGGGUAAUGAAAUGGAUUGAGUUUAGGUAUGAGAAGUGUCCUGAUUUCUGCUAUUGUUGUGGGAAAUUGGGGCAUAAUGAGAAAAAUUGUAACAUGAAAGGGAAUUAUCUGGAAAAGGAAACUCAAUUUGGAGCUUGGAUGAGAGCUAGUAAUGCUAGAAGUCCAAAAAAACAUAAUCAAACAUAUGCUAAGUAUAAUGAGGGUGUUGAGGAGGUAUCUAGGAAUAAUGGUAAGGGGAAUGUGGUUAACAACUUAUUCUUGGCAUGGGGGGGAAGUGAUACCAGUUGGCAUGGGCAGAAGGGAGGGGGAGGGAUAGCAACAUGA